AGAAACAUUGUCAAGAUGAUCGUGUUCUGGGUUACACUGCUUCUCCUUCAUCAGGGAUAUACACUGGUUCCUGUGACCACAGUUCAACUUGGUGAACCUGCAACCUUCACAUGUGUUUUGCCUGAUGAGUUUAAUCAUGAAAAUCUUCAUUGGUACAAGCAGAGUGCUGGGGAAAAUCUGAAAUUAAUUGCAGCCCUCAUGAAAAAUACAAAACCUGCGUAUGGACCAGAGUUUUCUGCUUCAAGAUUUGAAGUAAAAGUUAAUAAGAAUAUUAGCAUUCUGACUAUUCCAAGGACAAUUCAAGAAGAUGAAGGAAUGUAUCACUGUGCAUUCAUGGAGUGGAAUAUAAAUACUUGGAGUGCGAUUUAUCUGUCAAUAAAAGGAAACUCUCAGAGGACAUCAAACUAUGCUGUUGUUCAGUGGUCGACAGUGUCUGAUCCAGUCCAUCCAGGAGACUCAGUGACUCUGCAGUGUUCAGUUCUCUCCGACUCUGAGAACAAGACGUGUUCAGAAGAUCACAGUGUGUUUUGGUUCAGAGCCGGAUCAGAUAAAUCCCAUCCAGACAUCAUCUACGCUGAUGGAAAUAGACAUGAUGAAUGUGACAAGAGUCAGAAACGCUGUGUUUAUCACUUCUCUAAGAAAGUCAGCUCCUCUGAUGAUGGGACUUACUACUGUGCUGUGGCCACAUGUGGGGAGAUAUUAUUUGGAAAUGGAUCAAAGCUGCAAAUUGAGCGAACAGUGAGUUGUAAAUUUACUGCGACGGUGAUAGUAGGAAUGGUCUGCCUGAUCAUUUCUGUGAUUGGAAAUAUUGUUUUCAUCUGUUACCGAACUCCAAGAACAGGAUGUGAACAAUUUAAAGGAAUAGAAAGCGUCUCUUCACAAUCACAACACAACAACUCGAUCCCACCAGUCAAUGAUAAUGCUGAAGGUGGAGAUGAUCUGAACUAUGCUGCGCUGCAUUUAUCUGGAAGAAAAGCUACAAGAGGAAGGAAGAAGAGAGAGACUGAAGAAAGUGUGUAUUCUCAAAUUAAAUACCAAAUGUGAACGUGUGAAUUGGUUCAUAGUACUGACCUCUUACAGUGUAAAUAAACAAUUCAGUGUUGUGGGGUCCCUUCUAACUUCAGUGAGUAAAAUGUGUUUUAUGAUAGAAUUAAAUCGUAUUGCAGCAUACAUGCUUUUUCUGUUCUACAUUUUACCGAACAUUUAUACUUGGAUCAUAUUACGUCUUUGCAUUUGUUUGUUAUUCUUUUAUCUUUAUUGAAAAUAUUAAACUCCUCAGUUCUGAA